AUGCGACUUGCGAUACGCUUACUCCUGUGGUUUAUGGCUGUCGCUGUGGUCCUCACCUCUGCCCUGAGGGACACGUGUAGGUGGAAAGACCAGAACUGUCCAAAGUGUGGCCCAGGAGAGUACCUCAAACAAUGCGGCUGUGAACCCUGCCCCAGCGGAACCUACAAGUCGCAGAGAAGCUGUGAUAAAAGCUGUGUUAGAUGCUUCGGAGACUGCAAACCAGGUUUACACUUGAAGGUGGUUUCGAACUGCAGCAGAACGUCAGACCAGAGCUGCGUCUGCGAGGAGGGAUUUCACUGCGUUUCACGGGACCGCGCCUCGGGAAACUGCGAAAAAUGUCGACCCAGCCAGACUUCGACCACAACCGGCCCGAGCAGAGCGUGGACACCGCCCUGCACCUCUUCCAAGCGCAGCUCAGAGCUCAUCUUAGGAAACACGACAAAUCACGAGACGGCCGAAACCUCAAAGCGUCUGCUGGUCGUCCUUUGCCCUCUACUGGCCGUUGGAGGCAUAGCUUUGAUGCUGCUGUUUUGUUUGGGAUGCCUCGGACGCGAGACACGAUUCAAGCAAACCGUGAAGAAGCUGUGCUCUGGGGAAACUAAAGACACUGCACAUAUAACACGAGAGACGACGAGUGAAACGCAACAGACAGUUCCCAUGGCAACAGCGAACAUGGGUCCAGUGCAUGUCCACAACCCCGGCACAGUUAUCUUCAGUCUUCUCAGCGAGUUCACGGGACAGAUCGGCGAAGCGAAAGAAGAGAAACCAGACGUGACACGGCCUAGUGGAGACGAAGAGUACUGCACCGUGUGUCAGCCCGUCCCCUCUCCCACCCUCCCCCUGUCCGAGGAGGAGCACCCGGUGGAGGAGCACCCGGUGGAGGACAUGCACUCCGCCUUCUUCCCCUCUCAGGAGCAGGGCAAGGACAGCCACGUGUCGAUGGAGGAGCAGCUAUGACGCGAUUAACCAAAACGAGAACACGCACUUAUACCGAGUUCAGGGGGAUUUGACUGACAGGUGGAUGAGCCAAUCAGGGACGUGCAUGGUCUGUUCGUGUCGAAACAAACGUGGCAGCUUACGAGGAAAAAAAACAAAAAGGAAAAAAUAUCACAGGGACUGAAAAACAACGUGGAUUUCUGCAGAAUCGGUGAACGAAGUGCGGAAUUCGAAGGUGAGGAGUUUGAUUUUGUUCAAAUUUGGGCGGCCAAUGAGCUGCGUUGAAGGGGGAGGGGCUUGCCGGGUAUGACACUCGAUGGUCACUGAUGCAACCCGAGCGACGUGAGAGCGGACCGGAUGAGGCUCGGUUACAAAAAAGGGAAAACUGUUUUGUUUAUCGGGCAAAUGCCGUGAUGAUGUUUGUGGAAAAGUGCUGCGGGUUUAUCUUAAAGCAGACCUAUUAUGCAACUGGACUUUUAAUCGUGUUAUGGUUGUUUCUCCUCAACGUUUACGCUUUAAUCUCUUUGUUGUGACGUUCACGGCGACGUCAGCUCCCAUCGGACGCCGCAGUUUUUUUUAUUAAGUCUUUGUAGAUGAAUAUUGUGAUUUAAAAUGUGUAAAUUAUCACGUAAAGAUCCAUGAUUGUCGUCGUUUAAAACUGCAGAGCGACACCAGCACAAUAGGGCUGCUUUAAAGGUGCACUAUGUAACUUUUAUGUAAGAGGUUUGGUCUGCCACCUCUUUUUUUCUCCAUGAUGUUUUUGCUUGGCCUGGAAUGUUCCACAGUGUAGCGUUACACUGUCUCACCUUUAUUCAAUCACAAGUGUUUUUAUAGUUUAAAAAAAACUCUACAGACUUGUUUUCUCACUGUGAGGGGAGUCGCGUCUCCACAGAUCUGACCUGUAACUUGGCCGAGUGGCGUCUCUUGCGCGGUGCAGCUGAGAUAGAUACUUUAAUGCCGUACUGUGGAACAUUACAGGCAAAGCAAUAACA